UGUAUUUCGUCUUUUAUAACUUUAGUAUAUUACUUCUCGGAUAACUGUGGUCAAACAAUCACCAUCAACGCUGGCGGUAGUGCAGAGAUCAACUCCCAAUCAUCGUAUUCAUAUGACUCCAACCAGGACUGCACUGUUACAAUACAGACAUCCAUUCUACAGAGACUCCUCGUUACUUUUGACUAUGUCGACACUGACGGGUCUUGCGAUACGAACUUCCUUGAAAUCUACGAUGGACCGAAUCUCAUUUUGAAAAAGUUGGCCACUGUCUGUGGGUACACAACAUCAUCAGCCUAUGCGUCUACACUGAAUUCACUCACCCUUCGCUUCAAAACCGGGGACAACAUCUACUUUACUCAAGGUCGUGGGUUUUCCAUUACAUUGACGUCUUUCAAAACAGGUGUCUGUGGGUCAGGUGAUUUCGAAUGCGACAAUGGCCGAUGUAUUGACAGCAAUCUACAGCACGACUUUUACGACAACUGUGGGGACUCGAGUGAUGAGAACUACGAGGAAAUCGUUAAUAACAUUAUCGGCUGGGGCAUUGGGAUUAUAGUCGCUGUGAUUGUCGGGAGCAUCGCCGGGGUUGUUCUCCUGGCUGUUUGUUGCGGUUGCCUGUGUUACCACCUUUGUUGCAAGAACAACGCACCCAGAACAACCACAACAGUUGUAGUGCCCCCUGGCAGCCAACAACAACAACAUCAACUAGGGGUCUACCCUCAGCAACCCGGGGGGCCACCACCGGGCUAUAACCAACCGCCAAUGGCAAUGCAACAGCAUCCCGGGCAGUAUCCGCCACCAAAAAUGUAGAGCAUCGAUCAAGUCGGUUUCACACAUUGAUGUAAAGAAUUUAAUCUACUAGAAAGUGCCUAUCAUUUUACUCGUUACUUCGCACAACAAUAAUGUAAAUGUUUUAAAGGGGGAUGUAUUUACGUUUAGCGUGGUUAAAGUGUAGACCAUGGCCCAAUUUCAUAGAGCUGCUUAAGCAAAGAACUUUGCUUAUCAUGUUUCUGCUAA